ACGCAUGCGCCUCUCAUUGGCUCCUCUGCACCGUCUGGAGUAAGUUGGAUGUGCGCUCUCCUCACAUCGCCAGACCACCUCAAAAACUGUUGCGAUGGGGAGGAUCAGGAAAAACCACUUUGGGAUUUUGACUUUUUCAUUAUUAGUGACUUUUGUCUGGACUCAAAGCGUCAAGGAUCUCAAAGAUCCGAGCAAUAUGCCUCUGGUAAAAGAAACAGUGGACAGACUGAUGAACGGAUACGACAUUCGGUUGAGGCCAGAUUUUGGAGGUGCUCCGGUGGCGGUGGGGAUGAAUAUAGACAUAGCCAGUAUAGACAUGGUGUCUGAAGUCAACAUG